AUAAAAGGGAGCCCGGAGCGGCAAGAAGCCAAUAACACCAGCACCUCUCGCCGUCCUCCCCCUGACCCCCCAGAUGCCGGCGGCCACGGCGAGCGGCGGCGGCGCGCGGGCGGAGGAGGCAGCCGCGUCGUCUUCCUCCGCGCCUUCCUGCGUGGGUAUGAGGCCGGAGGAGCUCGCGGCGAGGCUGGCCGCGGCUGGGGGACCCGGCGCGGCGGCCGGCGACGGAGGCGGGGCCGGAGGAGAGGAAGGGGAGCAGGAGCGAGUGCUCGCGCUGCGCGAGAUCAAGAACCAGAUCAUCGGGAACCGGACCAAGAAGCUCCUCUACCUCCGCCUCGGCGCCGUGCCGGCGGUCGUCGCGGCGCUGGCCGAGCCCGGCGCGUCCCCGGCCGCGCUCGUGCAGGCGGCGGCCGCGGCGGGGAGCUUCGCGUGCGGCGUCGACGACGGCGCGCGCGCCGUGCUGGACGCUGGCGCCGCGGGGCACCUCACGCGGCUCCUCGCCCACCCUGACGAGAAGGUUGUUGAUGCAUGUGCACGUGCUCUCAGAAUGAUAUAUCAAUCAAAACAAGCUCCAAAGUUUGAUGUCAAUAAUGAGAAAAAUAUGGACUUUCUUCUUUCCCUUUUGGACAGCAAGAACGAAAAUGUUACUGAGCUAGCUGCUAAUAUUAUAUCACACUCUUGCGAUAGCAAUACAGAACAAUUAGCACUAUGUGGUGCUGGAGUUCCACAGAAACUUGUUGGUCUUUUUGGAGGUUCUAUGAAUCUACGGGAUGCUUGUUUAGAUUCCAUGACUGCAAUCAUUAGAGAUAACUGUGAUGUUGCUUCAAGAUUUGCAUCAAUGGACCAUGGAAAAUAUUUCCGUUCAAUAGUUGGGUUAAUACAUGACCGGAGCCCUCGCACAAGACUGCUUUCUUGUUUGUGCUUGAUUGCACUUGGGCAUGCUUCUCCCUGUCAUUUUCCGGACAGACAAAUCAAAACAAAGUUGAUUCUGGUCUUACUUGAGCUCAUCGAAGAACCUGGCAAUGUAGGAGACGAGGCUCCGUUGGCAUUAACCACCCUGAUAAAAGACAGUGUGGAACUGCAGAAACAAGCCUUUUCAACAAAUGCUGUUGUGAAGCUUAGCAACCAUCUGCUUGCAAAUUCCUUGGAGACAAGGCGGGCAGUGACCAUAUUGUUUGCUUUAGCCGAACUUUGCUCAAAACAGGAAGAGUCAAGGUCUCAACUUAUGUCAGGCCAGGUAUCAACCUUAAUACUUGACGCGUUGAAGCAUGACUGUGCUGAUAUCCGUGUUGCAGCAUGUUCAUGUCUGAAGAAUAUCUCAAGGUCAUCAAAGGUGCUUAGUGCAGGCCGCAUAUCCUGCGAUACAGUUAUCGCGCCCCUGGUCCAGCUUUUGUAUGACUCAUCUACUUCAGUCCAGAUUGCUGCCCUUGGUGCUAUUUGCAAUAUUGCUGUGAAUUUAACACCGAGGAAAUCGGUUCUUCUUCAUUCUGGCGUUGUCUCCCAACUUGUUAAUUUAUCGAAGUCAAUGGAUCCAACAUUGAGGCUAAAAUCUGUAUGGGCUCUUAGGAAUAUUAUGUUCCUUCUGAAUCCAAAGGAUAAAGACUUCAUUCUGAAGGAACUAACCGUAUCUACUCUUUCAAGCCUCAUAUGCGAUUCUGAACAUUUUGUUCAGGAACAGACCUUGGCUCUAGUGCAAAAUCUUCUUGAUGGACAUGUGGACUCUGUUAACUAUGUCAUCGCUGAAGAUGGCAUGGUUUUAAACGCUAUUUCAAGACAACUGAACAGUGCAUCUGCCCCAGGAGUUUGCGUCCAGGGUAUGUUGGUGCUUGCAAAUAUGGCAGCUGGGGAUGAAUUAAACAAGGAAGCCGUAAUGGAUGUUAUUGUUCCUCACCAAGCAGAUCGUAUCAAAUCAUCUUUUGUGGUUAACUUUCUGCAGAGCAAGGAUAAGCAAUUGAGAGUUGCAACCUUGUGGUGCAUUCUGAACUUGAUUUACCCAAAAUGUGAUACUUCAUCUACUCGAGUAACCAGACUCCAAAAUGUCGGGGUAAUUUCACAAGUAAAAGGCAUGAUGAAUGACCCGUGCUUGGAUUGCAAGCUUAGAGUACGCAUGGUGCUUGAACACUGCUUAGACACUGCCACUGCCGGUUUCAUGUGAUGAUUCGGAUCGCGUCUCAACCACUGAAGUUCACAGAAUACUCGACAGAGAUUGGCCAAAGAGAAGCUGGGAAAGGGCGCUUUGCACCGUGAUGUAUGCCGUGAACCAUGAGCGUCAGCACUUGCUGAUCCCUUCUUGUGAUAUCAUCGAGCCUACCGCUGUAACUUUUUCCAAUGAGAACUUGAUGACAGUUGGUUCCUGUCGCGGGUCGGCACGCUCUCCCUUGUGUUGUAAGUUUGUAGUCAUGCCAUGUUGAGAAUCUGAGCUGCUUGCUUGCAACCUGAACGCCAUAGAGACACAAAGGUCCAGAGAAAUCCCAUUUUCAGUGCCACCAGAACCUGUGCUUGUGUUUUGAUGAAGAGUGUAUUAUAAUCGAGCCACGACUGCUGCUGUUGUAAAUCGCAAUUUUCGCUUGCAAGGAUAAUAAGGCUGUUGUGUCGCCUGAUUUUGUCAAUUUUCUCCACCUUUUGGAUGAUGUUUUAUCGCUUGUUUUUUGUAUGCUUUGAGAUCUCAAAAUGGUCUUUUGUCAUCAUGGAAAGACAAUAUAAAAGAUAUUGUAUGCUCGUUGCA